AUGGAACUUACAUUUGUAAACGACUUCGGGCAGUCGUUUGUCGUGGAAAUCGACCCCAAUAUGGAGCUAGAGAACGUGAUGGCUUUGUUGGAGGCUGAGUCCAAUAUACCAGCACAUGAGCAAAGUAUAUCAUUUGAGGGCAGAGAGCUCUCGAAUCCAAAAGCCACUAUGCGCGAGCUUGGUGUUGGGGACAACGCUGUACUCUUACUCCGCCGGAAGGUUAACAUCGCGGGACAACCAGCGGCUCAAGAUUCUGAGAUGAUGCGGUUACAGUUGCUGGGCGAUCCCGCACUAAUGGGACAAUUACGCGAUACGCAGCCUGAGCUAGCUCACGCGGCACAAUCGAAUCCCGCUCGCUUUGCAGAGCUGCUCAGCCAAACAAAUACUCGACAAAUGCAGGCCGACCGCGAGAUACAGAGACUCAAUGCCGAUCCGUAUGAUAUUGAUGGGCAGCGAAGAAUUGAGGAGGCCAUCCGGCAACAGGCUGUGAUGGAAAACUUGGAGCACGCUUUAGAGUAUUCGCCCGAGAGUUUUGGGAGGGUGACUAUGCUCUACAUCCCGGUUGAGGUCAAUUCGAAGCCAGUGAAGGCGUUUGUGGACAGUGGAGCUCAACAAACCAUUAUCCGGAAUGCGCGGAAGCAUGUGGACGUGUUCCUUCCUUGUUCGUUUACGAUUAUGGAGGGACGUGACGUCGACCUUCUCCUUGGUCUAGACAUGUUGAAAGCACAUCAAGCAUGUAUAGACCUUGAAAAGAACGUCCUGCGCAUUCAAGGUCGGGAAGUCCGGUUCCUCGCAGAGCAUGAGCUUCCCGACAAGGCACGGAUGAUGGAUGCUGGUGUGCCAGAGCCUCGCCCUGCUAGCCCAGUGCCAGGCCCUUCGACGUCAGGAAGUCGGUCUCCGCAGCCUUUCCCGGGAGCCGGGAGCGCGCUCGGUUCGGCCCCUGCAUCUGUCGCGACUUCAAACAGAGAUCUAUCACGUACGAACAGCUCACGCCAUUCGGAAGAGGCCAUUGCUACCCUGAUUAGCCUUGGGGCCACCAGGGAAGUGGCCAUCAGUACUCUCGAUGCCGCGGGAGGAAACUUGGACGUUGCAGCCUCAUUGUUGUUCUAA